CAAAACCGGUCUACUGAGUCGGUCUAUAACCAGUACUUUGCUAUCACUUCGCAGCGUCGGAGCACCGGCAGUAUCCUUCGACAGCCGAAGUUAAACAGAAGUCCCGCGUAAUGCAUUUGCUCGGAAUAUUAUUUGCGAUUUUCGCGGUCCAACAUGUGCAAUCCGCGAAUAUUUUGGGCAUCUUCCCGCACGUCGGCAAGAGCCACUUUAUCGCGUUCGAACCACUGCUGAAAGACUUAGCUAGGAGAGGACAUCAGGUGACCGUUGUUUCAUUCUUCCCGCAAAAAGACCCUCCAGCAAACUACACAGAUGUCAGUCUCCGAGAAAUAGCUCAAGUACGCAAAGAAGCGGUCAACUUACAAUUAUUUGAAAGAUCGAAUAAAUUCAUAAACAGUUUGGGUUUGAAAAUGUUUCUGCGGCAAAUAUUCUCUUUUCGUCCUCUCAGUGACCUGGCCCUCAAUGUUUGUUCGGGACUGGUCAAAUUCCAGCCUUUAGCAGAAGUAAUGCAGAAGCAUUACGAUGUCGUUUUAAUAGAAAACUUUAACAGCGACUGCGUGUUAGGUCUACUGCAUAUUUACAAGAUAAAGGCGCCUGUGAUUUCAUUGCUAUCGUGUCCAAUGAUGCAUUGGUCAGCCAGUCGCAUCGGUUUGACAGACAACCCGUCAUUUGUGCCGACGAUAACAUCACAGACCAGCUCAAUAGGUUCAUUCCUAGAAAGGUUGGAGAACUCAGCAAUGUACGUGUAUUUUAAGCUGUGGUUCAGAUACGCUGUGCAGGUGAAAGAACGAGCUAUAAUUGAGAAGAGGUUUCAAAGAAAGAUACCUGACUUAGAUGUGCUUGCGAGGAAUAUUAGCAUGAUGCUGGUGAAUACUCAUCACAGUUUGAAUGGCGUUCGACCUCUUUUGCCAGGAGUUGUUGAAGUUGGCGGGAUGCAUUUGAAGGAUAAGAGGAGCAAGACUAUACCUCAUUACAUCGAGCGAUUCCUGAACGAAUCUGAACACGGGGUUGUGUUGUUCAGUUGGGGCUCACUUAUCAAAACUGCUUCGAUACCCAAGUAUAAGGAGGAUAUCAUAGUAAACGCCCUUUCGAAGUUAAAGCAGAGGGUAAUAUGGAAGUAUGAAGACAGUGAUGAGGAAGGAACACUUUCUGGCAACAUCCUGAAGGUCAAGUGGAUACCGCAGUAUGAGUUGCUUCAACACCCGAAAGUAAUCGCCUUCAUCGCCCACGGUGGUCUUCUGGGCAUGACAGAAGCGAUUUCUGCCGGUAAACCGAUGCUGAUCGUGCCGUUCUACGGAGACCAGCCCCUGAACGGAGCGGCAGCCACCUCCAUUGGUCUUGGGAAGGCCAUAUCGUAUGCCGACAUGACGGAGAAGAGUCUACUUGAAGGACUGCAAAGCGUGCUGAGUGCAGAAAUGCGAGUAAGCGCAAGACGGGCUUCCAAAAUGUGGCAAGACAGGAUUGCAGAUCCCUUAGACACAGCCGUAUACUGGGUCGAAAGGGUCAUUCGAUGGGGUGAUCAAGACCCGUUGCAUUCUGCCGCACGGGACCUCACCUUCAUAGAAUACAACCUUAUUGAUGUAGCAGCUGUGAUCUUACUAGCUAUCGUAUUUAUGAUUUUAGUUCUAAGGAUAGUUGUGAACCAAAUACUGAGACUUCUAAGUGCUAGUAUGAGUAAAAAGGAGAAGUUGCACUAAGGAAUGUAAUGUAGGUACCUAUUAGUGCAAUUUGGCUCACUUUCAAAUAGUUCUAACAUUACCCAACCUCGGUUUAGGAUUAGGUCUGUUUUCCUAGACGUUCUCAAAAUAGAUCUAAGUUUAUCCAGGUUUUAUGACCAAAAACUUUGAUGCCAAACUAUGACUUUAGAUUCCGAGAUUAAGCUAAGAUUCUGAUGCCAGUUUAAGGGGAGAUCAACGGCUUCCUAUUUUUGCAGUUUCAUACAUGGGAUAUAGGCAAACAGCUUCCCCAGUCUAAAUACAAAGGUAAUAGAAAGCCUAGUAAAUAAUACUACGAUCUUACCUACUUAGGAAACCGUUACGAAUAAAUUUUUUACAUUACAAAAUUGUCGCUCAGCUAUUCCACUUGGCCAUUAGAAAUCGCUUAGAUAGGUACUGAAUAAUAUCUAUGUUGUGUCACAACUUACAUUGAGUUUUCCUCCUUGGUCUAGCUAGAGUCAAUGAAUCUAAGAUUUCAUUGCAAAAUGCAAUCGUGCAAAAUUACUUUGAGGAAACUGCAUCUUAGAGUUAAAAAAUAUGUAGCAGUAGACGAUUGUAAGCAUGCAGCAAAUGAAAAUUAAACAAUAAGGUGGUCCCUAAAAUAAAUAAUAGUAGGAAUGAAUCUUCACCAAUUGUUUUGGCAAUUUCCUUCAAAGGUUACUUACAAUUUAACUACAAAAGUUACAUACUGGGACAUACCUUCAUAUUUACCCACCUAAUGCUCUAUCUAUUACAAAACUUAAUAAACAGAUCAAUAGAUAACCCCAUGAUAAAACCAUGGUUAUCAAACUAUGAUUUACUGUACCUACCUAGAUUAAAAGAUUAUUCAACCGAGGUGGAUUUUAGGCAGACUGUUAAGUUAUUUGUUUAUGUCCAAAAAAUAGAUGUUGUAAUAACGUUCCAAGUAGUAUGUGCUGUGACAAUCGGCAGGGUUUAGAUAGCUUAAUUUAAUUAUAAGACUAAUUAAUAUUACUAACUAUGAUUGCUACUGAACACAUUGUGAUUUUAAAGAAUAUGACUUCUCAUGAUGUACCAAAUUGACUAGCAAAUAGGGGAUCUAACAGGCAGCUGAGGCUAGAAGGAUCAUAAAACAAAUCGCAACAGUGUCGCCAUCUAUCUUCUACAAACUUCUAUGUCUAUGGUAUGCAAUUUUUGCGCAGUGCGCCUCUCACAUAUUGUAAAAACUGAAUCAUGGAUAUAUCGGCUGCCUGCAAUAGCCCUACAUAGGAAAAUGAUUAAAAUAACUAAUGUAUUUAUGGAUAAGAUAUUCAUAAUAAAAAAAAUGAAAUUUA